AUGUCACUGUAUCUAAAAAGUGCUGACAGAACCUUUAAAAAGAAGCGAAAUCCCAGAAAGAUGAGAUGGACCAAAGCAUUCCGGAAAGCAGCUGGCAAAGAAUUGACAGUGGAUAAUUCAUUCGAGUUUGAAAAACGUAGAAAUGAACCAGUGAAAUACCAGAGGGAAUUGUGGAACAAGACUGUUGAUGCAAUGAAGAGAGUGGAGGAAAUAAAGCAAAAACGCCAAGCCAGAUUUAUUAUGAACAGAUUAAAGAAGAGCAAAGAAUUGCAGAAAGCAGAAGACAUCAAAGAAGUCAAACAGAAUAUCCACCUUCUCCGUGCUCCACAUGCAGGCACACCAAAACAGCUGGAGGACAAAAUGGUGCAGAAGCUACAAGAGGAUGUGGUUAUGGAAGAAGACUCUUAA